UCUUUCCACUGCGCCCUUUGCUCGCCGAGUGGACCCGGCUGUACCGACCGAGUCACGACUCGGUCCCCCACCAGCAGCAUCAUCAUUACACUCCCAUCAUCCUCGGUACCACAUAAAACCAGACGAAGGAUGUUUGGUUUUUCCAUGAUGGGUUCGUCCCAAACCUCCAUUUCAGAGGCUUCUUCUUCUUUUUCUUGUCGUGAAAGAUUUUUGCUUAAUGGCCGCCGAACCGUUUCCUGGGACACCUGGCAUCAAGGAAAUGAGGUCCGAGACCGGGUCGGACUUCCGUUUUAGCACGGGUUCGGGUCAUGGGCACGGAGCUUCUAUGUCCCCGAGUCCGCCGGGGAUAAGGAGGGUGGGCUUGAGGGCGGAGAUUGAUACUUCCCCGCCUUUCGGGUCUGUCGAAGAGGCUGUGACCCGUUUUGGUGGCCGCGGGUCUUGGAUACCAUUCUACAAACUCGGAGAAAACUAUAAUGGGGUUGAAGAGUUUGACUUGAAGAAGGUGGAGGAGCAGGCAGCAGAGUUGGAGAAGGAUCUGAUUGUGAAAGAGCUAGAGACACUUGAUGUGCUAGAAGAACUGGCAACAACUAAAAGGAUUGUCGAAGAGCUAAAGCGGCAGCUGCAGAAAGAAGCCUUGAAAUGCUUGACGGUAGUCUCGCCACCGGAUUUUCAUUCAGAAGAACAAUUUUCAUCAUCCCCUGCUAUCAAGGAAAUGAACAAGGACAAUCAUAUAAAUCUUGCCAGCAACCAUGAGCACAUGAUGGGGAAUUCAAGUCCCUACCACACUUCUCCUGAUCUGAUCUUGACGGAGUUGAAACAAGCAAAACUGAACCUUGGUAAAACCAUCAAUGAUCUUGGGGUGAUUCAAUCUUCUGUUGAAACUUUGAAUAAGAAAAUGCAGAACGAGAAGAACUUGCUUGAAAAGACCCGCGAGAAGCUGACUUCGCAGUUUGCAGGGGUGUCGUCGCUGGAGGAGGAGAUGAAGAACAUAAAAGUGAAGACACAGAUGGCUGAUGAGGCAGAAACCAAUGCUAAAAUUAGCUUUGAGAAUUCAGCAUGUGUUUCAAGGGAGCAUAUGCAAUUUAAGAGAAUGGCAGAAGCUGCGAACUUUGAAGCAUCAGGGGCAAUGUCAAGGAAUGAACAAGCCAAGAGCAUUAUGAAGACUGCUGAAAUGAGGUGGGUUGCAGCUAAAAGGAUGGAAGAAGCAGCAAGGGCAGCAGAAGCUGUUGCUCUUGCUGAAAUCAAAUCUCUAACAAGCUCUGGGGGCUCAUCAGGGUAUGUCCUUCCAGAGCCUGAGAAAAUGAGUGUUAGUUCUCAAAUGAAAUCUCCUCUAAACUUGAAAGCUCAAGAAGCUGAGGGCUGGUUCAAGAAGAAGCUAGUAGAUGCCAUGCGCCAAAUUGAUGAAGCUCAUACUUCUAAACUGGCCAUCCUAAGGAAGCUGAAAGAAGCAACAGAAGAAGUUAAACACAGUAAACAAUUCUUGGAGGAGGCUCUAAACAAAGUGGAAAUUGCAAAUAGAAAGCAACUCGCUGCUCAAGAGGCUCUCCAGAGCUGGGGACCUGAGCGUGACCACAAGGAACAGGCUGCUGCUUAUAACACCACCAACCUCAACAAUUUUCAAUCACCAGAUUAUAAUCGGAACUCUCCGAUGAAUGAGAUGAACAAGUCAGUCAUAGUAAAUGAGGGUCCAAAGCCUCAUCUAAGGUCAACAGUUUCAAUGCGAGAUGUUCUUAGCAGGAAGCAAGUUCUGCCUGAAGAUUUUGUGGAGAAAAAGGAAAUGGACCGUGGCCACCCCGAAAUGCACCGAGUGGCUUUGAGCGAAAUGCUUCAUGCUCUGAGGGGGGAUUUAACAUUUCCUGCAAAAGUUGAGAAAGAUGGAAAUGAUCAAAAGCCGUUUUUGACACAGAGGAAGAAGUUCGGGUUCAUCCACAUAUCACUUCCCCUGUCCAAGCCAAGUAAGAAAAAGACGCAAACUUUGAACGCAAUGUGACACAUUAGAUUGAAUAACAGCAACUCCUUGAGCACCAACAGUUUCAAAUUCAGUUUCCUUGUUUAUUUAGUUAUGCUUCUGCUUAUGUUAGUGUAUUGAAGGUGUGGUUUUAAUGUCUGUCUGUCUGUAUAGGUGAUUUAUUAAUCUGUACUAUGCAGUGAGGGUUGGGAUUUGUUACUUUAAUUAUGAGAUGGAUUUGGAAUGAAAAUUUUACUAA